AGAAUCUCCAUGGACACCCCAAGCCAGUGAAAGAGAUCUGACUUUUGUGUGCAGCAACAACAAAAGUAAUCACUGACCCUUGCUUUUUGUUUAUGGGACAAUCAUGGAUGGAAAGGACUGUUACGUGAGGACUCGUGUGGACAAAAUGCCAAGUAAAGCUCAGGAGGAUGCUGUGAUCAAUAUGAAAUCUAUUCAGGAUAUCUCUAAGCAGCUGGGCUUUGAGUGGACAGUUCUUGCAUAUGAACUGGGUUUCACCAGAAAUGAAGUGAGGCAGUUUCAUGCCACAUCUCAUGAAAAAAGGGUUCAGGCCAAGAGCAUGCUGGAAUCCUGGUAUGAUCGUUCUUGGGACAAGCCCAAUAAGACUAAACUGCUUCAGGACGGUCUGGAGCGAGCUGGUCGUCGGGACCUGGCUGAGAGGCUACGCUGUCUCCACUGGGGCCACCAGAAACUCAGUCGUAGAGUGGAGCUACCCUCUGCCUUUCCUUUUCUCAUUACAGUGCACAAGACUAUAGACAAUAAGGAUGCCCUGCGCAGAAUUAAUGAACUUAAUCGCAGUUACAACUAACUUUAUUCCUUGCAGGCAUGUGUUCUCAGUUGUCUUUAUUUUUCUCAGUUGU